CUGGUUGACAACGUCAAAAUUGUGCGCCAGUAUGUCACAGCGGGCGCGUGUUGAAUCAGCACCGGCGAGGCCGUUUAACUAGUAACUGCUCUAAAAUGACGGUGUUUCACGACGAGGUUGAAAUAGAGGAUUUUGAGUAUGAUGAAGAAACAGAAACAUAUUAUUUUCCUUGUCCAUGUGGCGACAGAUUCGCGAUAACGAAGGAGGAUAUUGAGAAUGGUGAAGAAGUGGCCACCUGUCCGAGUUGCUCACUUAUAGUAAAAGUAAUCUAUGAUAAGGAGCAGUUCAUGUGUGGAGAAGUAAUUGAAGCACCAAAAACAUCAGAAAACAAACUGGAGCUGGCCCAGAGUUGAGAGAUAGAUAUCAACAUGACUCUUGACCUGAGCCUUUGCUCUGAUAAUAGACUUAAUACGCACAUCUGUCAUUUUACAGUUACUCACUACAUAUGCAGAGUUUUUGUGAGGAUACUGACCACAUGGACUUGAUACAUUUAGCACCAAGAUUUUGCACACAAGUUACUAUUCUGUUAAAGUUAUUUAUAUAUAAAAAAAAAACUUUUUAAAA